CCAGGUCCCUAUGGUCCAAACAACCCUCCGCCGCCUCCGUCCGAGCCCCCGCCCAGAGCAAGCGAAAUUCGGGGUCGAAGUUCCGAUGAUGUGGAUGGUGAGAGAAUGCAAGGUCGGCGCCGUCCACAGCUAGUUGUACGAAAGCGUGAUUACGCCCGGGCCGAAGAAGAACUGCGAGUAAGACAACGAGAUUGUGAUCGCAGUCGUUCGCCUGCCCGUCAUCAGGAUAUCUGGGAUGAGAAAGGUCGCCGUGGUGAGCGAGCCCGGUAUCGAGAACGCUCACCGCUGCGUCGUGAGCCCGUGGAGGUGGACCAGCAGCGAGACGAUCGGAGGCCAGAGAAGGCAGAGUACCAACGGUGCUUUGCUUGUAACAAGAAAGGCCAUAGAGUUGCUGAUUGUAAAGCCGCCUUCACCGACAAGAAGGGUUGCUUUCGAUGUGGAGAACGAGGACAUAUUGCCCGUGCUUGCAAGGUUCGAGUUGGCCAGAUCAAGACGGAUGUUGGGGUUGCUGCCAAUGAGUCGAAGGGUAUGGCCGGUCGAUACGGUGACCGGGAUGACGAUAGGUAUCGGUCGCCCAAGCAGGAUGCUGUUGAUGGACACAUUGCCGAUUACGCCUUCCGAACCGGUCGCAUGAGAGAUGCGAGUCGACUGGACGCUCAUAUCCAGCAUGUGUACGGCCAAGAUCAAGAUGCACAGCAACAUCAUCGGGAUCAGUCUAGUGAGGGGCCUUCGCGUUCAGGCUACUUCGUCGAGGACGAAGUGGACUGGGACGACGACGCACUGGAGACGGACGAUAUAGCUCCCGCAGUGAGAAUGAGCACAGGGCGCAAGAUUCCGCAGCCUGAACAACUGACGCACGAGGGGCCUCACCGCCAUCAUCAAGCAAAGUCAGCCAAAGAGCCCAAGCUAGGCCUGCCGCACCUCCAGGAUGCUGACACAGAGGAGUUCCCACCGACAGCCCACGACCUCCGCGGCUACGACUACCGUAUCUUCACCACGUACGCCAGCAAGCCCAAACCUCAGCGCUUCGUCAACGGCGCCAACGGGAAGGUCGCACCAGGAAUGUACGGCUCCGAGCAGCGCCAUGAUCUGGGACUUUGCUUCACCACAUACCUUACGAAGAAACGCUGUGAGAUGGGAGUCCGCUGUCCUUGGCGCCAUCAUCCGCUUUCGAAUUCUGAGCGCGCUUGGAUCAUUGUAUACGGCAAGCAGAAGGGAAAGGAGUUCAUUGAAAAUGUUGAUAGGUGGUGGUCAUUUCCUGAGGUACCGGUACCGGGUGCGACUAUGCAGGGCCUGGGUGAUGAC